GCGGGCCAUAACAACUUCGAUCGUACUCAUCGUACCUUAUUACACAACGCUCGGGUACUCAGUAUCCAUCAAUCUGUUGCAGUUUUCAGUUUAUGUUUUCAGUUUAUAUAUCGCGGUGGUUAGUUACAGUGGUAUUGAUUUUUGUGAUUGUUGUUAGCAAGUAUAUCAAUUUUUUUAAGAGUGCACAUGAAAAAUGGAGGAAACGUCCAUCCAAAAAUUCUACAAAAACACCAAUGUUUUUAUCACAGGCGGUACUGGUUUUAUGGGAAAGAUCCUUAUAGAAAGAUUACUUAGAUCGACGCAGAUAGAAACACUCUACCUACUUGUCAGAAAUAAGAAGGGGAAGAAUAUUCAUGUUCGAAUUGAUGAACUAUUUGAUGAUGUGGUAUUUGAUAGAUUAAAGAAGGAGUGCCCAAAAUUCAGACACAAAGUAGAAGCAAUAUCUGGAGACUGCACACAAUCAGGUUUAGGAUUAAACAUCACAGACAGGCAAACUUUAAUGUCUAAAGUAAACAUCGUCUUCCAUGUGGCUGCCACUGUUAAAUUCGACGAAAAUCUAAAACUUGCCUAUAAUAUUAAUGUCAACGGAACUAAAUCAGUUUUGGACCUGGCGAGACAAAUGAACAAUUUAGUGUCAAUGGUUCAUGUUUCUACUGCUUACUCACAUUGUCCCAGAUUGGAAGUCGAAGAAAAAAUAUACGACUGCCCAUUAUCUUACGAAUAUGUUCAGGCUGUAUUAGAAAAAAUCGGCAAUGAAGAAGCACAUUUGCUAACACCAAGGAUUAUUGGUGAAUGGCCUAAUACUUACACAUUCACAAAAGCCCUAGCCGAAAACUUGGUCAAAGAUCUUGGAAAAAACUUACCAUUAGCAAUAUUUAGACCGUCAAUAGUUUUAUCCACAUAUAAACAACCUAUAGAAGGGUGGAUAGAUAAUUUGUACGGUCCAACUGGAUGCGCAGCAGGAGUUUACACAGGAAUAAUGAGGGUAGCGAUGUGCGAAGAUGAGGCUGUUGCUGACGUCGUUCCUGUAGAUACCUGCGUUGCUGCACUUAUAGCUACUGCUUGGGAAGUUUCAACGAAAAAAUGCGAACCAUCAUCCGAAAUUUCUGUUUACAAUUAUGUAUCACAACCAGAAAAUCCAGUACAUUGGAAAGAACUUAUAGAAAUAAAUCUACUCUAUAAUCAACAGAUUCCUGCAAGUAGUUCAUUAUAUGAAGUGUUUAUCUAUGAAACUGCUAACGUGUACUUGUUUUGGUUUCUUGCACUUGCUUUGCAUGGUAUACCGGGAGUGCUCAUAGAUUUUCUUGCCAUAUUAACUGGACAUAAACCAAGGAUGCUUGGAAUGUAUAAGAAGAUUCACAAAUUCAGUAUGAUAUUAUCUUAUUUUUCUACAAGAAGUUGGAGAUUUUCAAACAACAACAUAAGAAAUUUAUGGAAAAAACUCGACGAAAGGGACAAAGAGCUAUUCCAAUUUAGCAUGACGACAGUGCAUUGGUUGCAAUUCUUUAGAACGUAUUUGAAGGGUGUUAGAAGGUAUCUUCUACAUGAACGGGAUAAUACUAUUGAAGAUGCCAAGAAAAGACAAAGAUGGCUCUUCAUCUUGCACAAUGGAUUAAAAGCCAUUCUGAGUUUUUGUGUUUGCAGUACAGCUCUCAGUGUGUGUUCUAAACUAUUAUCUUUGGUGUAUUAGGAAGCACGGGACACUAAGUAAAAUUGUGAAAGCAGUAAUAAACUCUUUCCUUUCCCUGUACAUAUAGAAAUGGAUAUUUAUGUUUAUUGAUAUUCUUAAUAAAUUGUAGCAGAAUAUGCUUUGACAAGUAAAAAUAUUCAAAGUUUAAAAAGUAUACCUACCACAAAUAUGUAAUAUAAUUAUAAUAUAUUCAUACUUACCACAACAAUUAUCUUAUUGAUCAUAUAAUCAAAGCUAUUUAAUUGCUCAAAAAUAUAUAGGACUAGGACACCUCCCUGUGGUACUAUCGCGCUAAUAUUUUUAAGCUUUCGGUAGACCUAAUGUCAAUAAAUCUUGAAAUAUAUUUAGUGGGAUGUAUGAUAUAAUUUAAUACAUUUUUUUGAUAAUACUUUAGAACAGAUUUUCUUCUUUUUAGUAUGUUAUCUGUUAUAUUGUUUAUUUCGUACACUCAGUCUAUUGUGAAAAAUAGAGUUUAGGAAAUAAAAUUGAUGUGAUGGCUGUAAAUCCUUUUUUUCUACUUUCAGUUUUAAUUUUUUGAUGAGUUAUUUUUCAGUUUCGAAAUAACAGGCAAGAACAAUAUUGACCUGUUCGACAAAUUACUAAUUUCUAAAUUAGAAAAUCAUAACUAAUUGAACAUUUUUUCCAAAUUUCGAACGUAUUUGUAGUCUAUUAAAACGUAAAACUUUUUAUACCUUCGCGCGCCUUUCUUAGAGGACGCAAUUUUAUUUUUUGAUGUGUUGGAAUGGU